AGAACACGCACCAGUUUCUGCAGCGCCAAACCGACAAGAUGGCUCCUUCCAACCUCCCCGCGAUCUUCAACCCCUCCCAGCAGGACAUUGAGAUGCUCCUCGCUGCCCAGUGCCAUCUCGGCGCAAAGAACCUCCAGGUGCACAUGGAGCCGUACCUGUGGAAGACCAGGCCCGACGGUGUCAAUGUCAUCAACGUUGGCAAGACCUGGGAGAAGAUUGUCCUCGCUGCCCGCAUCAUUGUUGCCAUUGACAACCCGGCCGACAUUUGCGUCAUUUCUGCCCGUCCCUACGGUCAGCGUGCCGUCCUGAAGUUCGCCGCCCACACCGGUGCCGUCGCCAUUGCUGGUCGCUUCACCCCCGGUAACUUCACCAACUACAUCACCCGUUCGUUCAAGGAGCCCCGCUUGAUCAUCGUCACCGACCCUCGCACCGACGCCCAGGCCAUCAAGGAGGCCUCCUACGUCAACAUCCCCGUCAUCGCUCUUUGCGACGGUGACUCUCCCACCGAGUACGUCGAUGUUGCCAUCCCCACCAACAACAAGGGACGUCACGCCAUCGGUCUCGUCUGGUGGAUGCUUGCCCGUGAGGUCCUCCGCCUCCGUGGCACCCUCGCUUCCCGCGAGGCCGAGUGGGACGUCAUGACCGAUUUGUACUUCUACCGCGACCCCGAAGCCGAGGAGAACAAGGACAGCGCUGGCGUCGAGGAGGCCAAGGUCCCCGGUGCCGACGAGGUCGGUCCCGCUGCCGUUGCCGAUGGCUUCACCAGCGAGUGGGAAGUCUCUGGCGCAUCUGCCGGUGCUUUCACCUCCCAGGCUGCUGCCGCUACCACCUCCUGGGACGCUGAGCCCUCCACCGACUGGGCCGCGACCACCGGUGGUGAGGCUGCUACCGGUGAGGGCUGGGGUGCUGAGACCACUGGUGCGCAGCCCGCUACCCAGUGGUAGAUGCUGCCCUGAGUAUCUGCGCUGUAAUCUUUCUUCCAUACCCCUGUCAUUGACUACCAUUUACAUCGGCAUGUCGGAGUAGGAGCAAGGAUCGGAAAAGGAAAAUACCAACCAAGUUCAAAAAAUGAAACUUCAUUUGUGCAUGGGGAGACGGUUGAGGGAACAUGAUCAAUGCUGGCGCUUAUGAGGGAAAGAUAUCCACGUCUCGUUGCGAGACGUGGGGGAAAGCCCUGUGUCGGCGAUCGGGUGUUCUUAAUUGGCACCCAGUCCUUUAAUGCAGUCUUCAUCAUGAC